AUGUCGCAAGCUGACGAACAACAGACCGACAAACGAGAGACUGAUGAAGUAGCUCUCGAGCACGAAAGGGCCAGUGGGACCGAGCUCUCGGGCAUAUACAUCUCUGAGGCGCAAAGCUCCGAUCAAGGUCUCUUCGAUGGCUGGCGCAGCAACAUGGAUGGACUACUGAUUUUUGCCGGCCUCUUCUCUGCCGUUGUCACGAGAUUCAUCGUCGAAAGCUACAAGACGCUAAAACCUGACUUGGGUAGCCAGACCGUCGCACUGCUCACCCAGAUCUUGCACCAGCUCGCGGACCUAAGCAAUGGCACGGCCGUGACGGACGCACUCCCUCCUCCCGCUGCUUUCUCGCCCCCGCUCUCAUCCAUCAUAUGCAACGCACUCUGGUUUACCAGACUCGCACUGAGCUUGGCCAGCGCAUUCAUCGCGACGCUGGUCAAGCAUCGGGCGCAAGACUUUCCACACCGCACAGGCAUUCUUCCCGCCAUCUUCGCUCAGUCGCGCAUGUACAUCUGUCUUCGGGGCGGUUUGCGCCGCUUCGAUAUGCAUUUCGUUGCCAGUGUCCCUCUCCUUCUCCUGCACGCGACACUUGACAUUUCUUGCGCCAGUUAA